AAACGAUACGUUUUAUCUUCCAUAAGCUUUUACUCUUCUGAGAGACUAUAAAUAGUUUAGCUGACAACAAAAUCAUCAGUGCAAAAUAAAAUGAUCUCACAAACGAUCUUCUUGCUAGGAUUUUUUCUGCUAGGACUUAACUGUCAUGCAGAAGAUCAGGAACCCAAAGUCAUUACACCAUGGACACUUAUUUACGCUGUACAACCUUACUAUCAAUCUGAAGCUCUAGUUAAUUUAUGGCAGUCUGAAAAAAGCUUGAAAUUACCCGAGGAAUUAUUGCCAUUAUCAUCAUCUCCAGUUAAUUAUCACCAGCCGGAAAAUAAGUCAAAUGUCAAUGGCACUGUCAGCGAUAACCAAUUAAAUGUCAAGCAACAGCGUGAAUUUAUUCCUCCUCAGCAUCUCAACAAAGAAAUCGGUUCUGAAAUUACUUACUGGCCUCCAAGAAAUUCUCCAGAACAACAGCGACGUCCAGUUAUGAUCCCGCGUUACUUUGAUUCCAUUUGAAAAUCCCGCUU